AUGGGCCAGCCGAAGAGCCCAAAUGCAAGGAUUUGGAAAAAAAUUGUCAUAGGUGGUGAUCUGGAGAAGUUCUUUCAGGUUAGGGCUCAACUACCCCCUCAAGAGAAGGAGCUGUUGGUAUUCCUCAAAAGGAACAUUGAUGUGUUUGCAUGGGACGCUUAUGAAGCUCCGGGGGUAGACCCAGAUUUUAUCUGCCAUCAUUUGAACGUUAACCCAUCCAUCAUUCCCAAGAAGCAACCGCCUCGGUGCCCAUCCAAAGAACAUACAAAAGCUGUUAGGGAAGAGGUGAUGAAGCUCAAAAAGGCAGGGGUGUUGGCCAAUACCGUAGUGGUGAAGAAGAUGAGCAGGAAGUGGCGAUUAGGCAAAAGCAUUGAGGUCUACAUAGACAACAUGGUGGUGAAAAGUAAGGUGGUGUCCGAGCACAUUAUAGACCUCGAAAGCAUCUUUGAAAUCCUGAGGAAACAUAGGCUGCGCCUAAACACUUCCAAGUGUUCAUUUGGUGUCAGAUCAGGCAAGUUCCUGGGAUACAUGGUGACUCACCGGGGAUUCGAAUGGACUAAAGAGUGUGCGUUGGCUUUCCAACAACUUAAAGAAUAUCUAUCACGGCCACCUAUCAUAUCUAGUCCUAAGGUGGAUGAGGUCCUAUUCGCAUACAUCACCGUGGCCCCUCACACUGUAAGUUUGGUAUUGCUACGAGUUGACAAUGGCGUACAACGGCCAGUUUACUAUGUAAGCAAAUUACUACAUGAGGCCGAGGUUCGGUAUCUACCACUAGAAAAGGCAGUCUUGGCGGUGGUGCUAAGCACACGAAAGCUUCCCCAUUACUUCCAAGCGCAUACAGUUGUCGUCCUGAUUCAACUCCCACUCAAAGCUAUACUUCGAAAUGCUAAUUACACAGGGAGGAUUGCUAAAUGGGGCAUAAUCCUAAGGGCUUUUGAUAUCAAGUACAUGCCUAGUACCUCUGUCAAGGGCCAGGUCCUCGCGGACUUGGUGGCCGAGUUCGCUGAACCCCCAUUGGAAGAAGUGACAGAAGCGCAACACAUGGAUGGAAAAUCGGUUGGCAUGAUCUCCCAACAGGGCCCGUUAUCUUGGAAAGUGUACGUCAAUGGCGCAGCAAACCAAAAGGGGUUCGGGGUGGGAAUAGUAUUAAUAUCCCCCAAGAAGAUCACUAUUGAGAAAUCGCUAAGAUUGGGAUUCUCGGCCACAAAUAACGAGGCUGAAUAUAAGGCCCUACUAAUGGGAAUGACCAUGGUUCAGAAAAUGGGCGGGAAAGCGAUAGAGAUGUUCUCGGACUCGAGAUUAAUCGUUGGCGAAGUAAAAAGAGAAUUUGAGACGAGGGACGAAAGAAUGCAGAGGUACUUAAGUCAAGUGGGGCACCUACGGUCAGGAUUCGAAUCUUUCAACUUGUUGCACGUCCCCAGAAGUGGAAACACUCAUGCUGACUCCCUGGCCAUGCUUGCUACCUCCUCGACACAAGGUCUUUCUCGGGUCAUCCUUGUGGAAGAUUUGUACAAACCAGCAGGGGUAGAGAAAGAAAUGAUCCAUGUUCACCAAGUCAGGGUGGGGCCUAGCUGGAUGGACCCCAUAAUAUCAUUCUUGAAGGACGACAUCCUGCCUGAGGAAAAAUCAGAAGCAGUAAAGGUGCGUAGGAAGGCUCUUCGGUUCUGGUUGUCCGAGGACCAAAAGUUAUACAAAUGCUCGUUUUCCGAGCCUUACUUGUUGUGCAUACACCCUGAAACAACAGAAUUACUGCUGGAAGAAUUACACGAGGGGAUUUGUGGGAGUCACAUCGGAGGUAGAUCUUUGGCACACAAGGCUAUCACUCAAGGCUACUAG